UUUUCUUCUCCAAGGAACAUGAAAAGAAAUGAUGAUAUAGUGGGAGGUGGGGCUUGCUUUGUGGAUCAUUCAAUACGUUUAUGGCUCGAUCAGACUUGUUUUUCCAGUAGAAUUGGAUCUUGGGUUGGAAUUGGUAUGUGGCAAGGCACCAGGAGGUGUGCCAUUAAAGCCAGUGGUGAAGACUGGUGGCAGCCUAGUGACCAGGCGACAAGAGCCCGCGCAAGAUGAAGCUGCUUCUGCCUCUUCUCUUUGUUGCCAUCACUUGCAUGGAGUUUGCCCAAACCUUGCAGUGCUACUCCUGCCAUGAACCUACAGCCAUUGAGAAGUGCAUGAAGAUCCAGAACUGCAGUAAGAAUGAAACCAUGUGCAAGACAACCAUGUAUUCCCUGGAGGACGUUUAUCCCUUUGUGGGAGUCUCAACUGUCACCAAGAUGUGCUCCUCUGUCUGCAUCCCAUCUGACGUGGAUGGGAUUGGCAUGACGCGCCCCGUCUCCUGCUGUUACACUGACUUGUGCAACACUGAUGGUGCAGCUAGUUUGGGGAUCAGCGUUGUGUCAGUUGGCAUGUUAGCAAGUUCCCUUUGUGCUCUCUUCUGGACUAGACUGUGAGGAGCAGGAGAAAGUUCCUUUCAGCCAAAGAACCCAAUGAAGAAGAGAAUGAACCCCAGCCCAGCUUUGCAUUUGGAUGCCUCAUGGACUACCUUCAAGAGCUCCCACAAAUUGCGUUUUUAGUACCCACCCACCUGCCAUGAGAGAAGAAAAGCUCAGGAAGUCCCAACACUAAUUUUUGGGUUGAUUCUUCAACAGCUCCCACAAAUAUAACUCUGGAGUUUCUUUGCUGUGCUGAUGUGGUUGAUUUUGAACUAAAAAUUUCUGGUGUACAUGAUAUAUUUAAAGCAAAAGACAUGGAGCUAAGGGCUUUCCACGCCUCCUUAGAGCAUUCUUUUCCCCAGGUAUUCACCAGCAGAGUAGCUGAAUCAAACAGACUUCUCAGAUGAAAUUUGCUUUUAUGUGGCAGGUCCUCUCCACCCCACAGUUUUGUGUUGGUCCUUUGUUCUGUCUAGAUUUCCUUCUUAGUGUGUAAGAAGUUGGACUUCCAAAAUAUGAGACCGGAGACUAUGCCAUGCCAGUGAUCUGAUCCAAGGAGGCUGAAAUCUCUUUUGUUUUCUGUACCCUUUUGAGCAGAAUAAAAAUGUUGUGCUAAAAUUGCAGUGCUCGAUAAGUUUAUAUAUAGUGCACCUGUCCUCUGAUAAUUUUUAUUUUAUUUUACUUAAUUUCAAACUCCAGUUUCACCUUUCAUUAUUAUUUAUAUAGUGGGAUGAGUUUGGUUUUGUGGUCAGUCUUGGAGCAGUUAUGUAAGACAUUUCCUAUUAUUCCCUACUGGAAGAGGCCUUGCAUCAACAUUUCUUUCACAAAAUCCACUGGUGAGAAACUACCUUUUCUGGGAAGAUUGGGUGACGUGUAUGGAUUUACUAAAUUCUGGCCUGAAUUUGGAAUUCUGAUUCUUCAUUUUCCUAUAAAACCCUUUUCAAGAUCUACCAGGAAAAAUGUCCUCCUGUAAUUAUCACUCUGCUUAUUAUAUUUGAAAUAAUCAAUAAAGAUGUUAUUUAAAAUGUCCCAUGUAGCAUGAUAUUUGAAAUCAUCAAUAAAGGUGCUAUUUAAAGUCCC